AUGAUUGGCGGUCCCCGUGAGAGCAAAACUCCGGCACAAAAACCAUACUUGGAUGCAAUACGAGCUACACUUCAAGCAGCAUUUUGUAUUGAAAAUUUUGAAUCACAAGUCGUUGAAAGACACAAUAAACCAGAAGUAGAAGUCAAAUCGUCUAAAGAAUUACUAUUAAAUCCGGUUAUAAUUAGUCGUAAUGAAAAAGAACGAAUUUCUAUUGAAGGCUCUGUUAAUUCUGUUCGUAUAAGUAUUGCAGUUAAACAGUCAGAUGAUCUUGAAAAGAUAUUGUGUAAACGACUAAUGCGUUUUAUGAUGCAACGUGCAGACGAUUUUCAUAUUUUACGUCGAAAACCUGUUCCGGAUUAUGAUAUCAGCUUUUUGAUAACAAAUUUUCAUGCUGAAACAAUGUAUAAACAUCGUUUAGUUGAUUUUGUAAUACAUUUUUUAGAAGAAAUAGAUAAAGAAAUAAGUGAGAUGAAAUUAGCCGUUAGUUCGAGAGCACAGACAGAUGGCAUCCAUCAUCGAUGGCCGUGGGUGCACGGUCUGCUUGGUUUUAUUACGUUUAUUUGGACAUUUUUACAAGCAUUCACUGGUUUAUUUCUCACAAUAUUUCAGCGUCAAUUACGUUACUUCAAACUAUCUUAUGCUCAAUUACGUUUGUACCACGCAACAUCAGACUUGACAUUUAUGAAAAUAAUCGCAUUAUUUCCCGUCCGUAACGGGAUUACAACGAUUACUCGUCUCCAUGAAUCUAAAUUGUUAAAUUUCAUUUCAUACAAUGUACAGCGAAGUAGUUUUCAUACAACGUCCCGACUGUCAAUCGCCGCCACAGAAGGUAAAAAUUCAUAUGAAAAACAAGAAAAUAUCCCAAAACAAGAUGGAGAAAACCAAUCAUCAGCGAAACCAACUGGUGAACAACCACAUCCAAGAACAGAUUCACAAUCAUCAACAUUUCAUAAAAAACCAACUAAAAUUGAAAAAAGUUAUAUGAUGUCUCAUCCUGUCUAUUCGAAAGAAGAAGUUUACGCUGUUAAAAUUACACAUAAAAAAUUAGAAACAUGGCAGGAUCGUGCAGCGUACGCUGCUGUGAGAACAUUACGAUUUUUCUUCGAUACUUUCACUGGUUAUCGACCGGCACCUGAUCACAAAGAUGGAGAUCACAAAACACCUUCAAAACAAAAUAUGACGGAAGAACAAUGGUUGCGACGAAUUAUUUUUUUGGAAUCGGUUGCUGGUGUACCAGGGAUGGUUGCAGGAAUGAAUCGGCAUAUGAAAUCAUUGCGUACGAUGAAACGCGAUCAUGGAUGGAUUCACACGUUGCUUGAGGAAGCGGAAAAUGAACGAAUGCAUUUACUAACAUUUAUGGAGCUUCGACAACCUGGUCGAUUUUUUCGUCUCAUGGUUCUUCUUGGUCAAGGUGUAUUCUUCAAUUUUUUUUUUGCAGCAUAUUUAAUAUCACCAAGAGCAUGUCAUCGUUUUGUGGGAUUUCUCGAAGAAGAAGCUGUAAUGACAUAUACACGUUGUUUGAAAGAUCUUGAUGCUGGAAAAUUAUCAAAAUGGACAAAUCUCGCAGCACCUAAAAUUGCUAUCAAUUAUUGGCAAUUAGCAGAUGAUGCAUUGAUGCGUGAUGUAUUAUUAGCUGUUAGAGCAGAUGAAGCAAACCAUCGACAUGUUAAUCAUACAUUUGCCGAUGUAAAAUCUCACCAAGUGAAUCCCUUUUUGGAAAAAGAAAAUGAAAUGGAUCCGCCUACUGAAGCAGAACAAAAAAAACAUGAUGAUCGAAAAACAAAAGAAACAUGA